ACAUGGCGACUCUGAAGGACUCCAACUUUCACCGUUAUCAAAUAAUUCGAUGGAGUGUUUAUAUCUCACUAUUUUUAGGUUACUCCUCCUAUUACUUCUCAAGAAAGUCUUACACCUUUGCCAUACCGGCCUUAAUAAGAGAUCUUAACUUGAAAAAGAAUGAACUCGGUGUUAUAACAAGUGGUUUUGCAGCGAUGUACGGCGUCGGAAAAUUUACGGGCGGUUUAUUAUCAGAUUCUCUGAGUCCUAGAACGAUGUUUACAGCGGGGAUGUUAUUAACUGCAACGAUAAACAUUCUGAUUGGAUUCACUGGGAACGUCUGGCUUUUGACGUUUCUAUGGAGCGUAAACGGUCUCGCUCAAGGUUGCGGUUGGCCUCCGUGUACUAAAUUACUCAGAGAAUGGUUCUCCCCUUACGAGUUGGGUACUCUGUGGAGUCUUCUUACAGCUGGCUGUAACCUUGCAUCAAGCAUUUCUCCGGUGGUAACAGCAUUUCUUACUUCAAACUUUGGUUGGUCAGCAGCAUUUAUCACCCCUGGAGUCAGUACUGCUGCAAUGUCUGUUUUAGCUUAUUACCUCAUCUGUGAUUCCCCGUCAGAAAUGGGACUGGAGGAAUUUACCCAAAGGACAACCAUGAAAUCAAGAACUGAAAACAAAACAGUAGAGAACAGGAAAGACUACAUUAUUACCAUGCUCUACAGUCCGUUUUUGUGGGUUUUGAGCAUCGGAUAUCUACUGACUCUGUUUGUUAAGACUGGAGUUGGGGAAUGGACACAACUUUUUUUAAUACAGACAAUUGGAAGAACACAGUAUGACAGUAGUGUUGCUAUGAGCUUCUUAGAGAUAGGUGGACUCUUUGGUAGCAUAACAUCUGGUUAUAUAACGGACAAGUUGAUGCUUAAGUAUGGAAACUCCACACUCUCCAGUCCAAGAGUUCCUCCCAUGAUUGGCUUUGCAUUCUUACAGUUAGCCUGUGUGUAUCUCUUGCACACAGCUGUGACGUCAUCUACUUCACUGUGGUUUAUUUCAACACUGAUAUUUGGCAUAGGCUUCUCAUUAUACACAGCCAUCAAUCUGUAUGGAGUGCUAGCCAUGGAGAACAGUCCACCGGGACUCAGUGGAACAUCUCAUGCAAUUGUUGCUCUAGCUGCAAAUGUGGGAGCGACGCUGGCAGGAAUCCCUCUGACGGCAAUCAGUAAGGUGUACGACUGGGGAGGUGUCUUUGUUUGUCUUGAGCUGUCAUCUUUGUUCUGUGGCUGUUUGCUGAUUGGAGCACGUAAUAUCAACAGGCAUAUUAUUGAUCCUUCAAAGCUGGAGUAAGAGCUUUAAGGAGGGCCUGCUGGAUAAUGUUAUCUACCGGAAAAAUUUCCUACCACUGUAUGGCUAAUUACUUUUGGGAAACCUAUCACAUGAUUAGCAAUUUAUGUGGUAUUGCAUUCCUUAUCCUGUUCCACAGUAGACAAUAGCAGCACAAAAGAAAAAAAAGCUAGAGAUUAAAUUAGGGUGGGUUUAUGGCUGCUUUAUGCAAUGCAGUCAAAACCUUCCUUCAGCACUGUGUAAGCUAACUGUAGGUUUUACAUAUUUUUACCUUUAAAAGAAUUUGGAUCACACCAAGAGAUCCAGUGUCACUGAGACCAAAGGAUAAAAGGUAGUUUUAUUCAUUGAGGUCUCAUACGUAGCUUGAAACUUGUUGUAUUUUUAUCAAAUGAAAUUCUAAGUUAUUAACUAUUCAAACUGUUAACCUUUAAAGGGCAGAUGCAUUUAUGGCAUCAACAAUAACAACAUUUUGCUUUUUUCACCUUGUAAAACAAUAAGAUUCCAUGUUGUUACAUAUCUGUGCUGAUUCGAGAUAGCUCAGGGAAGAUGUCAAAAUGUAGUACAGUAGGAACAUCAGUGACGCAUUACUGGACAGCCCCACAGCAAAAUUGAAUCUAUUUGUUAUUUUAAUAUUUUUUUUCUUCUUAUCACUUUUCUGAUUCCGGAUGAAUGGAUUUAUACAGUCGUGUACUGUUUUAAGAUAUUUCAUUUUGGUUCCUUGUGUUGGUAAAUGCGAUUAUCAUACCAGGGUAUGUACCCUAUUGGUUGUUUCAAACACUUGUGUAAAAUCAAUCAAACUUGAUUUUAAUCAAUUAUUGGAAAUUUCUUAAGUUGCCAAAAAAAAUGUGUAGCCUUGCAUAUUAGGUGUUUCUAGGUUAAGUUAACCCUAACUUUUCCUUUUUGGUCCAAUAUUGCAAUUUAAGAGUUAAAAAAUGAUAAAUUAAAGUCUAUUUUUAAUAGGAAUGCAAACAAUUUUCUAGUAUUUGGAUAAAGUAUUCAGUCUAAUUAUUGCAUAAAUUCUUUGAAAAUUAUAUUACCACAAUAUUAAUUGCAAUUAUAGUUAUGAAAUUUAAUGUUGUCACAGUGUAACAUUCAAACAAUGUUAUAUCAUGUUAUGCUUGUGCUAAUGUAUAUUUAAAAAUUAUUAUAACUUGGAACAAAAUGUUGUUGCAGUGUAAGAACCUCCCUAAAUUCUCAUGAAUUACAUAUUUGCUCCCCUCAGUUUUAGAAAGCAUGGCACGAGUAUUGUGAAAUCUUAAGUGAUCUUUCCCUUUGCUGCCGUAACUUAACUUAAACCUUAAACUCUCAAGAUCUGAUUGCUACACAUUUCCUUGUAAAUAAGUUACAAGAAUUCAAGAUAACAACUUCUACCUGA